AUGGCCGCCGCGGAGACGUCGAGCGGCGGCGGCGAAGUCCACGUACCGAUCCCGCCCAUGGCGGCCACCACCUCAGACGUGAUACCGGAGAGCUCGGCGGCGCCGAGCCCCUUCCGCAGCCGCGGUAACACCCCGCCGCGGCAGCUCAAGGCGGCCCCGGCGGCAGAAGUAGCUGAUGACACGCCGGCGACGGCCAUGGACAAGACGCUGGCGAGCGUGGCCAACCUCGCGAAGCUGCUGCCGACGGGCACCGCGCUGGCGUUCCAGUCGCUGUCCCCUUCCUUCACCAACCGGGGCGCGUGCCUCCCCUCCAACCGGUACCUCACCGCCGCGCUGCUCUACCUCUGCCUCCUCUCCUGCGUCUUCUUCUCCUUCACCGAUAGCUUCGUCGGCAGCGACGGCAAGCUCUACUACGGCGUCGCCACGGUCAAGGGCUUCCUCGUGUUCAACUACACCGGCGACGACGACGAGGGCGACGCCGAGCGACGGAGGCAGGUCUUCAAGAACCUCCGCAGGCUGAGGAUACGGUGGGUGGACUACGUGCACGCCGUGUUCUCUGCCGUGGUGUUCCUGACGGUGGCGUUCAGCACCGUCGCCGUGCAGAACUGCUUCUUCCCCGACGCGAGCGAGAACGUGAACCAAAUGCUCACCAAUCUGCCUCUCGGCGCCGGGUUCUUCUCCGCCAUGGUGUUCCUUGUUUUCCCGACGACACGGAAGGGAAUCGAUUACACCGGGCCGUUCGCCAAUGUUUAG